AUGCGAUAUUACUGUGGUUUAUGUGGUAACAGCUGUGGCCAGCCGUAUACGUUGGCCGAGCAUUACCGCGAUAUCCAUGGCACUACAAUAUCAUCGGCCACAGCCGCGGCUUUGGGGAGAGAUGAACAGAACGUUAAUUCUGUUCCGAAGCACCCAAAGCGCGUGCACACUAAAAUCCGAUGCAAAUGCACUUCUGUUUUAAGUGGCACCUAUUCCUUCAAACGCCAUGUGAUAGACAUACACAAGUCUACGGACUACGAAGCACAUAAAGCUCCAAAGCGGCCACAGAAGCCUAAGAAGGAAAGUGGUAAACAGCUGGAAAACGUUGCGUUCAAAAUUCCAAAGCGGCCGAAGAGACAUAAGAAGAAAGACACGUCACAAAGUACUGAAGAAUUGAAUGUCAAGGAAAAGUCCCACAAGCCAACCCGCAAGCUAGCCCGCAAGAAACUGGAGAACGCUGAGUUAGACGCUGGGGACGUAGUGUGA